AAAACAAACAUUAAAACUAUUCAAACAAGAAUAAUGUGCACAGGCUGACAAGCCGCACAGGUAAUUUAAACACAUGGCUAGACUGAAGGGCGAAAUAACAGGGAGGCCAUGUUGGAUUUUCUGUAAACUACAUGUGUGAACCAACCCGACACCAGAAAUGCUGCACCCCUGGAGAAGUGCCCAAGAAGUCCUGCUGUGUGACCUCUGUGAAACUGUCCCCCUACAGAGUCACUGUGAAGUUUGUAAUAUAAAUCUCUGUGUUAACUGUGUAGGAAAACAUAUCUCAGAUUCCUCUAAAAGACACAAUGUCUUGCCAUUUUUAAGCAGGAAGUCUACUCCAAACAACUCAAAAUGUCCGAAAGACGCCGAUGAACACUAUGAACAUUGCGGUGAGAAAUGUGACAUUCCUGUCUACUCUGCCUGGGUCAUAUUUGGUAAACACAAAGGUCACAAUAUAACAGGUAUUCUGGAAAAACACAACGCUAAAAUUCAAAGUUUACAAUACGAUUUGGAAGAACUUGAGACCAGAAUUUAUCCCCGAUAUGAAGAAAUGGCGUCCGAUGUCCAAACUGAGAAAGUAGAGUUAGAAACAAAAUACGGGAAACUGACCACAUCCGCUGACCAACAAGGAGAAAUCUGGCAUCGAGAGAUCACUGCCGUUGUCAACCGACGGAAAUUUGACAUUCAGGAGAUGAAAAACCAACACCUAUCUACCCUGAAUAAAAAUACAGAAGAAAUCACACAGAAAAUGGCGGAACUCAAACAGAUCAUGUCCGACUUGAAAUCAAUCCUAAAAUCAAACGACGUCUCCUUAACCUCUACUUACAAAUCUAGGAAUUCCGAAUUUAGAACAUUACCGCCUAAAGUCAGAGUUACAUUACCAAUUUUUUCUGCUCAGAAAAUAAACAAAGAUCAGCUCAAUGAAAUGUUUGGUUCUCUGUCGCCAUUAUCCAUUAACACAGAACAUGGCGACACAAUGAAGUCAGCAGAAUCUGCAUCGUCUCCUCCAGUCAAACCACUGCUUGAUGAGCCGCGCCUCACCGCCGCCAUAGACACUGGGUAUAAAUAUCUAUCCAGUGUUUGCUGUUCCAGUGACGAAGAAGUCUGGACACGUGGGAAUAAAGAAACCAUGAAGCUCCUCAACCUCCAGAGUAAACUACUGACAUCAAUACAAACCGAGUCAAGGGAAACACCGUACGACAUAGCAGUGACACGGGACGGAGAUCUUGUUUACACUGAUUGUGAAAAUAAAACUGUAAACCUAGUGAAGAAUAAACAGAUACAGACCAUGAUCACACUUCAGGGGUGGGAUCCUCUCAAUAUCUGCAACACCGCCACUGAUGAUCUCCUGGUUACCAUGAUAAAUGACAAUAGAGAAGAAUCCAAAGUUGUGCGUUACUCUAACUCCACAGUGCAACAAACCAUUCAGUUUGAUGAUCAGGGUCGUCCUCUCUAUUCAUAUCAUCAUGACAAUAAGUAUAUCAGUGAAAACAGGAAUCUGGAUAUUUGUGUGGCUGACCGUUGGUCUAGUGCAGUAGUGGUGGUCAAUCAGUCAGGAAAACUCCGAUUUAGAUACACUGGUCAUCUUUUCAAUGAAGACGCAUCAUUUGAUCCAGUCGGCCUCACUACAGACAGCCAGAGUCACAUCCUGACAGCAGACUUUAGAAAUCACCGUAUCCACAUCCUAGAUCAGGACGGACAGUUCCUCCGUUACAUUCAGAACUGUUAUUUAGAAUUUCCAUACGGUUUAUGCCUGGACAUCAGAGAUAACCUUUUUGUGGCUGAGCGUGACACUGCUAAAGUGAAGAAAAUCCAAUAUUUAUAAAUUUAGUGUUGAUUACACAUAAAAAAAGAGUGCUUUAUAUCUUUGAAUUGAUUACAUCUUUUACUUACAGCCCUGUGUACAUUACAUCCCUGUGUACAUUACAGUCCUGUGUACAUUACAGCCCCGUGUUAAUUAUAGUCCUGUGUACAUUACAUCCCUGUGUACAUUACAGUCCUGUGUACAUUACAGCCCUGUGUACAUUACAGCCCCGUGUUCAUCACAGCUCUGUGUUAAUUAUAGUCCUGUGUACAUUACAGUUCUGUGCACAUUACAGCCCUGUGUACAUUACAGCCCCGUGUACAUCACAGUCCUAUGUACAUUACAGCCCCGUGUUCAUCACAGCUCUGUGUUAAUUAUAGUCCUGUGUACAUUACAGUUCUAUGCACAUUACAGCCCUGUGUACAUUACAGCCCUGUAUACAUUACAGCCCCGUGUUCAUCACAGCUCUGUGUACAUUACAGUUCUGUGUACAUUACAGCCCUGUGUACAUUACAGCCCUGUGUACAUUACAUCCCUGUAUACGUUACAGUUUCAGUUUGUGAUGUGUAAUUAACAUGUACUUGUGUUUAUGAGUUUUAGUCUCUCACUGCUGUUUAGUAUUUAUAUCUUACAAUACUUGUUAUUAUGUUAUGUUGAACGUGAUUAUGUUUAGUGGAACAUUAUUAAUGUUAGUUUACUAAUUACUAAUCAUUCAUCUACAUGUAUCUAUAUACAAUCUUUUGUGGACUUAU